ACAAUUCGAGGAGAGAGACAAGUCUCCGGAAGAGGUCUACGCCUGCGUCGUCAGUGCAAACGGGAGAAGAAGCACUCUGAAAGAGUCACAGCUAAAACCGCAUUAAGACAAGAUGUCGUCAGGAGGACUGCCCCGCAGAAUCAUUAAGGAGACGCAGCGCCUGCUGCAGGAGCCUGUGCCCGGGAUAAAGGCGGAGCCAGACGAGUACAACGCCCGCUAUUUCCACGUGGUCAUCUCAGGACCCCUGGACUCCCCGUUUGAAGGAGGCAUUUUUAAACUUGAACUUUUUCUCCCGGAAGAAUACCCCAUGGCAGCUCCGAAAGUACGCUUCAUGACCAAAAUAUACCACCCCAACGUAGACAAGCUGGGGAGGAUAUGCCUAGAUAUUUUGAAAGAUAAGUGGUCCCCAGCCCUGCAGAUUCGUACAGUGCUGCUAUCCAUCCAGGCAUUACUAAGCGCUCCCAACCCUGAUGAUCCACUAGCAAACGACGUCGCCGAGCAGUGGAAAACCAACGAAGCUCAAGCCAUAGAGACAGCCCGAACGUGGACCAGGCUUUACGCUGGAAACAACAAUGAAGUGUAGAGAAGCCGGACGCCAUCUCAGCUCCCGCUCUGCUCAGACCUCUUCUUCCGUCAUCUGCAUUAUGAGGACACAGUCUUAGGAAAAAAAAACAACAAACAAAUAAACCAGUAUCAAACAUACACUUCCUCCAUAUGCACACACACACACCACACACACAUACACAUACACACACACACACACACACAUGCACAGGCACACGCGUGAGGAAGAGUCCGCUCCAGACCAUUGGUGAUAUAAAUGCACAUUAGCCAA